CACAAUCUGCUGCUGGACCUGCUGUACAGCUACUUCCACUUCGAGGACCGUCUGCCGUCGAGCUUCCGCAACUUCAAGGUGGCCAUCAACAAGGUCUUCCCCACCAUCUUCGACACCAAGCACAUCGCCGCCACCGAUCCCGCCUACAAGGACCGUUUGCUGAGCACGGGGCUGGGCGACGUCUACGCGGCCGUGAAGGGCGGCGUCAACGUGGUCCACGCCGAGGGCUUCGACCGGUACCGCGAGAACGAGGAGUACGCCCAUGAGGCUGGUUUCGAUGCGUACAUGACGGGGGCCAUCUUUGCUGCGUACCUGGAGCAGAUCGUGGGCGCCGAGGCCCACAUCGAAGGAGUCCCGCUUGUCGCCAGCGCCAGGAUCCUUCAGUACGCCAACACGAUCAACCAGUAUGGCGCCUGCUCCGUGCUGCGCCUCGACCGCCCCGAGGACGAGAACGACUUUAGCAACGUCUUCCACGUCAGCAUCAACCAGAGGCCGGCACAGGCGGCCGACGUCAUGACCCUGUUCGAUGGUAUUCCGGUGCAGCUCAAGUGGAUCAACAAGACCAGCACGUGGGUCAUCAUCAAUGAUCGCUCCGUCCUCCCGCGCGUUUGGCCGCUCGUCAAGCAACAGCUUCAGACGCCCAAGGCGCGAUCGCACGGGUUCGUGGUGCGGAGCUUUGCCGAUUUCAAGGCGGGCAAGUCGCCCAUUGACUGGCCGCAGCUGGCCAAGGCCGCCCUCGCCGGUCUCGCCCUCCCGCUAGGCCUCGCCUUCGCCCUCCACCGCCUCUCCGGCGGCGCCCACUGCUCCGCCCACUCGUAG